AUGGAAGGAGUCCGACUUGGCGUAAAGCAUAUCCGUCACGCAUCAUCCAGCAACCUCUCGUUGCCGAUAAGCCAGGAUGAGAGCAAACGGAGACUUUUACUGAUUUACAUCCACGGCUUCAUGGGCUCCGAGGCCAGCUUUCAUGAUUUUCCCGCCCACGUUCACGAUCUGCUCACCGCGUCGCUGAGCGACUCUCAUGUGGUGUAUACUCGUAUUUAUCCUCGAUACAAGUCUCAAGGGGAAAUGCAAGCAGCGGUUAGUCAAUUCAGUGCCUGGUUAUCCCCGCAUGAAGCUCAUGAUCUUGACGUGAUUUUGCUCGGUCAUAGUUUGGGGGGAAUACUGGCGGCGGAUGUGGCCCUGCUGCAACGCGAUGGACAAACCAAACAUCGAAUCCUAGGACUGGUUAACUUUGACGUCCCCUUUCUGGGUCUACAUCCUCGCGUGAUUCCGACCGGAAUCUGGAGCUCGGUGGCCCAGAAGCAGGCCGCUCCGGAAGACCAACUUGCAGAUGAACAAGAAUCGCUGGGAAUGGCGCCGGCUUAUGGACCGGUCACGCCUCAUCCGAACUUCGAUCCUCCCUUUCGGAAUGACGUCCGUCUCGCUCAGCGAGGCUUCUUCAAGGGUGUGAUGCAUUUCAUCAACAAGAAUGCCAGCAACCUCGAUACGCUCGCCAAUUCUUUGGUUGAUCGACUGAUGUCGCCGAUGAAACACGCUGGAUGUGUGAACAACUAUGCGGAGCUUCGUGAACGACAUCAACGUCUGAUUGCGCUGGAAAAUGCAGAGUCGAGCCCGGAGCGUGUGCGGUUCAUCAACUAUUACACUGCUAGUACUGGGAGAAUUAAGCCCACCAAACCCCCGAAGCCAGAGAAACAUACGAAGUCCAAGAAGAAGCAGGUCCAAGACAGUCCCGAUGGCAUCGAAGAGAAGUCCGCCAAAGAAACCUCUCCCGAGGAGAUGGACUUGUCGCAGCCUCUGCCAGAGAUCUUCAUCGACGAGUCUCACCACGCCGAGGAACGAGAAUGCCCACAUCCACCACCACCUACCAGAAACCCUCCAGAGAUCCCAGUCAUUUCUCAAUCCCGGAAAAUUGAUUCAUCGCUCAGUAAUACCUCAACAACAGAAGCUCAGAGUCUAAGAUCGCGUUCCUCGGAUUCCUUGUUUCUGAGUCCCACUGUCAGCUCCGAGACCAGCCGUCCAUCAAUCGCGACAGAUACCAUCAGUUCCCCCUCAUGUGAGACUCUCAGUCCAGCAAGCGCGGGACUUUCACAAAAUACCUCUGUCUCGAGCUCGCAACCCUCCCCCGACCUGGAAAUGUCCCCGCACAAGCUUCGCAAAUUUAUCCUGUUACCUUCCCAUCAUUGGAAGUGGAACGAUAAUGCCCAUUGGACCCCUGUCUUGAUGCACGAUAUGACCGAGGUCACGGCCCACCAGUCCCUAUUUUUCCCUCGGGGAUCGAAUUACGAUUAUCUAGUCGGGGAUACGGUUGCCCUUGUUGAGCAGUGGAUUCACACUGAUCUCAGUCGACGAUUGAUGCACGAGACUCUUGAUUGA